AUGGACCCGUUGGCUCUAAUGACCAAGGGAUGGAGUACAACACCAGGCUCAGCUCCAGAGCCCUACAUUUAUCAGGCACUGGAAGAAGAACACCAAGAGUUCCGACUUUUGAAACUUGUGCCAUCUCGAGACCCCAAGGACCCUCUUAGAGCCACCAUCGCGACGGUGCGCCCUGACUGGCUGGCGCUAGCUUCUGAUCAGAAUCACCCGGGUCCUCGGUGGACAGCGUUGUCGUAUGUGUGGGCUGACCCGGAUGAGCCUACAGUCGUCCUUAACGGCCAGCAACUCAGAGACACAGAAAAAAGGGAGGAAAUCCUCAUCGAAAAUGCCGCCAUCAAGAUUACAUCCAAUCUAUUCGGUGCCCUUAUGCUAAUCCGUGGCUAUGAAGACUUCUGCACCGUCUGGGCUGAUCAGAUCUGUAUUAAUCAGGCUGAUUUGAAAGAGAGAACAAGUCAAGUUCAGCAGAUGCACAUGAUAUUUUCCCUGGCGGAAAACGUUCUGGUGUGGUUGGGGAAAGCAAUCAGAGCAGAGAAAACACAGAUGUUUACACAAAUGUUCACAUGGCUUCAUAGCCCUCGAAGGACCGGUCGAAUCGAGGACGCUCCCUCCUUCGCGCAGUUCAUGGCCAGAUUGAUGACAGGAGAGCCGCAUUUGUAUCCACCUCCGAGCGAGGACCACCACCUUUUCACCAAACAAAUAGCCAAGGACAUUCUGGAAGACCCUUGGUUCAGUAGAUCAUGGGUUAUUCAGGAGGCGGUACACGCCAAAAAUCUCCUCGUCUACCUAGGCCCGGUGGUUCUGCCGUGGGAGAUGUUCGAGGAAGCCAUCUCCGGUUUGUCAUACUGGACCCUUCCGUGGAGCACGGCAGAGGACUCCGCCUUGGCUACAUUUCAUCGAGGCGGACUCCAGAUGAUCAAGAAAACCAGAGAGUGGCAGGAAAGUCGGUACAAACAUGAGACUCUCCUCCCGUCGGCGCCAUUAUCCACCCUCCUUCAGGGCCUCCGUGUCAGUCGGAGCACGGAUGCUCGCGAGAAAGUCUACGCCUUUUGGCACAUGGCUGAUCAGGAAUUUCGGGCUGAAAAGGGCCAGAUCCGUCCACUGCCAAUCUCUUACGAGCGGAGUACACAGGAGGUUUAUGGACGGACCGUGACAUACUGUAUCAACAGCGAAAUGAAUUUGGACGUGCUCUCUUGCGCUUGUAAGCAUGAGGUAUCCCGCGAGAAUUCUGCGUUCCCAUCCUGGAUGCACGACUGGCAAGUCCAUCCUGACCAGCUCGGGUGCGCAACUGAUCUGCACAACAUUCUCCCACAGCGAGGUUGUGACGCAUAUGCAGUUAACAGCGAAAACCGUAGCGGCAAGGUCCCGUUCAAUGCUUGCGCAGGUCGUCCAGCUCAUUACGGCAGACCUCCGGAAGAACCCGGACUCAUCUACAGUGGACAAUUCGACAAGAUUGGCUUGAGGGGAAUCCUCUUUGAUGAGAUCCGGGAUGUAACUUCGGUCGGCCACUCAUCCAUGCCGGCGCAGGAAAUGAGUGCCAACCAGGAAAUUGACUGGGGCUCCUGGUGGGACUGCGCGACAACAGAGGUGCAGGACGAUCCGUAUCUCGAACCCGAAGCCCGCAUCGAAGCCUUCUGCCAGGCACUGACAUUCGGCAACGUCAAAAUCUCGGGACAUUCCCACCAGGAGGUGAUACAAGAUUUCAAACGGUGGUGGUCCGCUGGGAGGCCUCUCCACGAUCCAAGUUCUGCUCAUUCCUUCAACUGGAGCGAACGGCUGCGCAGCUACGAGGCGUUUAAGAAGCUCCCAUUUCCCAAUGGCCUCUAUAUCAAUAGGAGGAGACUCUUUCGGACCGCCCGAGGCUACAUUGGCUCCGCAUGCGAACAUAUCGAACCGGGUGAUAUGGUGUGGAUUCUGUGGGGUGGUGCGUUGCCCUUUCUCUUACGCAAUGUCGAAAGGCAGGAGGGCGUCUACUACAUCGUGGGAGGGGCUGUUUAUGUCCCUGGGAUCAUGUUCGGGGAGGCCAUCGCGAAAGCCGAAGAGGAGGGGAAGGAGGCGGAAGGGAUCUGGCUUGCCUAG